AUGUCGUACCAAGGUUACGGCGGCCAAGGCUAUGGCGGCCAGGGUUACGGUGGUCCAGGCUACGGUCAACCGCCUCCUCAAGGUUACGGACAACAAUACCCCCCGCCUCAGGGCCAACAUCCUCAGUACGGCCAGUAUCCGCCCCAGCACCAGCAAUACCCUCCUCAACAUGGCGGAUACAAUCAGCCGCCGCCCGGCCAAUUCCCCCCUCCCCCCCAGCAGGGCUACGGCCAGCCUCCUCCUCCUCAGCAUUAUGGCCAGCCGCCUCCCGCCCAGUACGGCGGCGGCCACCACCAAGCGCCGUCCUACGGCGCGCCUCCGCCGGGUCAAUACGGCGCUCCUCCCCCUCACGCGCCGCCUCCGACGCCGCCUUCGCUCGGCUACGGUGCUCCGCAGAUAAUCAACUGGGAUGCGUCGGGCGAUGCGCAGGCUCUCCGAAGCGCCAUGAAAGGCUUCGGCACCGACGAAAAGGCCCUGAUCCAUAUCCUAUCCAACAAGGACCCUCUCCAAGUCGAUGCCAUUCGCGAGGCCUUUUCUCGGAACUUCUCGCGCACACUUACAGACGAUCUCAAGUCGGAAACGAGCGGAUACUUUGAGCUUGGGCUGCUGCAGCUGGCCCGCGGCCCCCUCCUUGCCGAUGUCUACAAUCUGUUUGACGCCAUGUCCGGCCCUGGCACCAACGAGCUCCUGCUAAAUGAUGUUCUGCUGUCCCGCUCCAACGCUGAUCUGAGGGCCAUCAAGCAGGCCUACUACAAGACCUUCCGUCGCAGUCUUGAGGACGCGGUCAAAGGCGACCUCAGCAUGAAGACGGAGCGCCACUUCAUGAUGGUCUUGGCCGCCAACCGUGCUGAGGACGCGGCACCUGUUGUUCCCCAGCAAGUCGACGGCGAUGUCAUGGAGUUGUACAAGGCAACAGAGGGCAAGAUGGGUACCGAUGAAAUCCUCGUUUGCAGCAUUUUCACCAGCAGGAAUGACAACCAGCUGCGCGCCAUUGCCCACGCCUACAAGCAGCGCUUCAACAAGGAUCUCGAAUCAGUCGUCAAAUCGGAAUUCUCUGGACACAUGAAGGAAGCCCUUCUUUUCCAGCUCCGCCACGCCGUCGAUAAAUACAUGCAUGCCGCCCAGCUCUUUGAAGACGCCAUGGCGGGCAUGGGCACCAAGGACAAACUUCUCGUCGGCCGCGUCGUCCGAUACCACUGGGACCGCAGCGAAUUGGCGAAUAUCAAGGGCGCUUACCAGCAGCGCUACCGCCGCAGCCUCGCCAGCCGCAUCAAGGGUGAGACAUCGGGCGAUUACGGCCGUCUGAUGGUUGCCUGUAUCGGCGAGUAA